AUGGCCGAGACUCACCGUUUGUAUGUCAAGGGCAAGCACCUGUCGUACCAGCGCUCCAAGCGUACCAACAACCCCUCUGUUUCCCUGAUCCAGGUUGAGGGUGUUUCCACUCCUGAGGAGGCCAAGUUCUACCUUGGCAAGCGUGUCGCCUUUGUCUACCGCGCCUCCAAGGAGAUCCGUGGCUCCAAGAUCCGCGUCAUUUGGGGUAAGAUCACCCGCACUCAUGGCAACUCCGGCGUCGUCCGCGCUUCUUUCCGCAAGAACUUGCCUCCCAAGACCUUUGGCGCUUCUGUCCGCGUCAUGCUCUACCCCUCCAACAUCUAA